AUGGCCUUCACAAUGCACUCUCACUCGGGCCAAUUCUGCCCUGGCCACGCAAAGGAUCAGCUAGAAGAUAUAAUCCAGCAUGCUAUAUCCGCUGGUUUCAAAACCAUGGGACUAACCGAGCACAUGCCACGAUAUGAAGAGAGAGAUCUCUAUCCCGAAGAGCACGACGAACCCGACGCCCUAUCAGCCCUCUCGUCCCGUCACGAAUCGUACCUCAUCGAGGCCCAGAGGCUUCAAUCGCACUAUUCAUCCCAGAUCAACAUCCUCAUCGGCUUCGAGGCAGAGUUCAUCCGGCCCUCUUUCAAGGACCACGUCCUGUCCCUCGUCGCCUCGGGAUCCCACUGCAUAGACUACUUCAUCGGGUCGGUGCACCACGUCCACGGGUUCCCCAUAGACUACGAUGCCGUCACCUACGCUGCCGCCCUCGACGCAUCGGGUGGAGGGUCCGAGGAGGGCCUCUAUUCCGACUACUACGAUCUGCAGUACGACAUGUUGACUGCCCUGAGACCCCGUGUCGUCGGCCACUUCGACCUCAUCCGUCUGCUCAGCCAGGACCCCGCCAGGGACGUCCGGGGUUGGGACGGCGUCUGGUCCAAGAUUGUCAGGAAUCUCAACCUCAUCAAGAGCCAGGGUGGUUGGCUGGAGUGUAAUAGCGCUGCGUUGAGAAAGGGUCUCGCUGAGCCUUAUCCUUCUCGUCCAAUUGCCGAGCUAUGGGUCAGCAUGGAUGGCAAAUUCACAAUGUCCGACGACAGCCACGGCAAAGACCACAUCGCAACAAACUACUCUCGCGCCCUGACAUAUCUUGAGAGCCUGGGUGUCACCAAGCUAUGGACAUUCCAACGCAAGCCAUCAGCAUCCCCUGAAGGAUGUGCUACCCUCAAGGAUACAGCCGUUCCCAUUUCCGAAUUCAGGAAAUCCUUUCCUUGA